UAUAAACAUGCUUAUGACGUAAACAUUUGGAGCAAUAUGGCGACGAUGGAAAUUUCCUUAUCAUGUUUGUAGGUUGAAACGGAAAUAAUGUAAAAAUACCAGUGGAAGUAAUUCUAAACUAAAUCGCGUUGGGUUGGGGCCUUAUUUUUUAGGACAUGGGAGGUGAAAAACAAUCCCUUGAAAAAAGCAACAGUAGUUUACGUUUGAAUUCAGCAUUUAAACGCUUGAAAGUGGACCCUCAUAUGAAAAGAGAAGACAUGGCAGCAAAAAGAGAGGAGGCAUUUCAGUCAGUAGCGGAAUUAUGGAGAACGGAUAAAGAAGAUAGAAAGACUGAUAAAGGAAAAAUGAUGAAACAUAAAAAGUCAACAUCCAGAACAGAACCAUAUCCUCAGGAUAUUACGCUUCCUAUGCAGAGAUUAACAUUGUCUGCAAAAUGUAAGAAACACCAGUGUAGUUGUUCAAAAGAUAAACCAGAAUCAGUCAAUAAGUUUAAUUAUGCAAAAGUAACCAAGUCUCCAAGACAAAUUAUCAGGGAAUCAAAGUUAAAAAUACAUCACUCAGAGAAAGAUCGUAGCCAGGUUAUUAGAGCAGCAAGGUUAAAACUUCAUAAAUUGGAUAAAGGAAUAGAAACUCCCCGAUUUUACCAAGAUCUCUCAAAGCAUACUAAAUCUUUAGCACAGGCUAGUCCUUAUAAAAAUGAUGCAAUAUUUGGGUCUGUUGCAAGCAAACAGACUGUCAAAGAUUUUGCCAGCAUUUCAUGUGCAUCUGAUGAAGGUUCAUCUAAUCAAUUAACAGUCGGUCAUUAUAGUGGGCAUAGACAUUACAAGCAUUGUGGUUCAAAAACAUCUGGGGCUGAAUCCUAUUCAUGUGACAGUGACCCAGUCAGUUGUUCUCAGCAGGCUAGACUUGAUGAUAUGAGCGUAAAUGAACUGGCAGGUUAUUUUGACGACUUUGUUUAUAUACCUAAAAAGAUGUCCACAAUGGCUGAAAUGAUGUAUACAUGAUAUCAAGCAAUGUGUAUUGCUGAAACUAUGUUCACAUGGCAACCAAUAUGUUUAUCAUAGUAUAAUUAUACAAGAUUUUAUGUUUGUUAAUUCAAGUGUGUAUAAACAGCUGAUUUUACUGCCAUUUUAUUUUGCAUUUUGUUCUUUUUGUAAGUAGCAUUCGAGAAAUGUUUUGUAUUUUUGUCAGUUCAUUUUGAAUAUACACUAUAUCCUUUUUGUCAUUUUUAAAAAGAUUUCUUUAAAUGUUCAUUUAAAUCUUAUUUCAGUUGUUAAUUAUUCUUGCCAUACAAAAUGUUCCUUGCAGAUUAAAAAAACAAUAAAAAAAAUCCUGAUAAUUUAAUGUGUAUUUCUCAAUAAAAUGAACUUUUUAUAAGUUGUGAUUUAAAUUUCACACUGAAUUUUCCAUUGGGUAAUUUUGCCAUUUUUGUACAUGAUAUAUGUCUGUUGUCAAUUGUACUGCAUAGAAAGAUUAAAUUUAGGCAAUAGACCAUGAUUCUGUUUCAAAAUGCAGUCCAAGACAAUAUAAAGGGGUCCUGUCAUCUAAUUUAGUUUGGUGUAAAAAUACAAAUUUGUCUGAUUUGUCCAUGUUUGUUCCUGGUUACUUUGACAAAUCCUUUUCAAUGUUAGUAGUUUUUUCUAUAUUUCAAUAUUAUAAAUGAUAUUAAAGUACCAAAAUACUAAUGAUUUAAGUGUUUAAAGGGGCAUUAGCUGUCAAGUUCAUGUUCACCGAUUUGACUCAAAUUCUCAUAUUUGAUUUAUAACAUACUAAAACGUAUAUCCAAAUUACAAAAAGUCUAAAAUAAACAAUUAACAAUACAAGGAUUUGAUAAUAAUAUGUCAACAUUUCGUGUGUAUUUUUGUCUAGACGUCAUCUAAUUAACCAACGAGAUGACCUCCGAGGACUGCCGACGGUCAUAUAACCUGAUAUAAACAUAAUAUAGAUUUAAACAGAUAGUGACCACGUGCAAUUGGAUUUUUCUUAGUCUGUUUGAUUUCAUAUUUUAGGUUAAAAAGUAUGUUUAUCAUCGUUGUUACCUGUAUAUGAAUGAUUUUUUUGUGGAUCGAAUCAGUCAACCAAAUGAUUCAUCCUUGUUUCACUUUCAAUGUUGACAUUCUUUUCCUUUUAAUAGCUGAAUGCAUGUGUAACCCAUGUCCAGCUAAGGGGUUAAAUUGAAGGUUACAUGAAUACGGAUUCAAUGAGGUCGAAUUAUUCACUUGCAAGUGAACAAUUCAUCAGCGAUGUUUCUUAGCUUAUUUUGACAAAAUUGAACCAAAUUGGCUGCUUAAAUCGAAUUAUUAUUUCACUAUUUUACUUUCAUUUAUUGUUGAACAAAAAAAAUAAUAUUUUGAUUUUUUUUCAUAUCUCGUAGCUAAUGCCCCUUUGAAAACUGCUUAAAGCAAAUGAGAGUGUGAAAAAAUUAUACUUGUAAAUGUUAAAGAUACUGAAUCAAGACCUCUGAAAGAUAUUUGGACAGACUAGUUGGAGCAGUGGAUGGAUUAUUAGUUUGUUACAUAGAAAACUUUAAUAUUUUUCCUCUUAAAUGUACUCUUAUCUGACAAUUUUGUACACCUAAUACAUGAAUAUUUUGCCUUAAGGUAUUAGAAAAAAAAAGCAUUCAGCCAGUAUAUUGAAUAAUUUGUUUCAAAAGUCUAUUAUACCUAUGUUUAUUCAGUCACUAUAAACUAAUUUUAAGAUUUUCACCUAAACAUCAUUAUGAGAUUUGACUAAAUUAUAAAUACCGGUAAAAGUUUUGUGACUUUGGUUAAAAUGAAAAAUUAUUUUUACUUCAUUGAUUUUGGCUAAAAUGGUGAUGUAGUUUAUUUUAGUAGUGCUUGUUUCGGUUACCUUACAUUGAGGGCAAUUUGAUGUAUCAUACACUGUAUAUAUAUUAUCAUAAUCAUGUUCAAAAUUCUAUUUAUUGGAAAAUAAAGUUACAAAAAAAACAUUA